AUGGGUAUUCGUACGUACGAGUACAUCCUCAAACGUCGUCUCUACGAUGGUCUCAACUCCGACUACCUACGAGAAAAGGUCGACAAGGAACUGAGUGACCCUAAGGUUUCCUAUGAGAAGUUUGUCUCUUAUCUAUCUAACUUUGAGCGCCGACGUCUAGGCCGUGAACAACGACAGAAACUCUAUGAUGAGAUCGUUAAUUCUCGCUUGAGGUCUAAUGAUAAGACCGCCAAGCCAGCUACCUCUAAGGUUCACACCUUAGGUGAUACGACUACCGACUAUGAGGAGCCACAGUUAUGUUCUACUGGUGCUGACCCUAUGUCUAUCAAGUGCUAUCGGUGCCUUCAAUCUGGUCACCCAGCACGUCUAUGUCGUGGUAAGCUUAGCGACCUCGAGUCCCGUUGUUCUAAGUGUGGUAAUCCUAAUCACACUAAGGAUUCGUGUGAAAUCCCCCCUAAGUCCUUGAACUGUCAAAGAUGUCUACAGCAUGGACAUCUAGCCUAUGUAUGCCCUGCGUCCAAGCCCAUUGACUCUGACUCUCACAAGAAAGGUAAAGGCAAGACUAUGAAGUCUACUAAACACAAGUUCAAGAUGGGUGGUAAGCGGCAGAGUGGACCCUCUUCAGCCAAGCCUGGUCCCACAACGCCUUCUACGAAUGCUCAAGUUAUGGAUGAAUCUUCUAAGGCUAAUAUUAUUGGAUCGUCUACCACUUCAGCCUCUACUAUUUGGGUCUCACCCCUUAGCUCAACCGACCUCAACUCUAACUCAAAUGCUCUUCAUGCCAACAACGGAGCAUAUUGUUCAACAACGCCUUCAAAGUCCUCACGGAUCUCUAUGGUGGUUGGUGAUCUAUCGGUAUGCGGUGUAGUACGACCUGUUCUCUACGAUACCGGCGCUGACGUCUCCCUUAUCGCAGUUGGGACUCUACGAAAGAUCACUAGCAAACAGCUACGUUUUGGUGACCCAUCUACUCAAGGGCGGGUAAAUGUUGCUAAUGGCUCAAGCCUCUCUAUUCUAGGAAAGGUUGAGCUAGAGGUCGGCUAUGGGAAUACCUUUACAAAAGAUACCUUCCUACUCGCCUCUGAUGAGUUGAGUACUCCUGUUAUUAUUGGAUGCUCUACUAUGGCUAAGCUACGUACCACUAUAUCUAUAUCGCCUGAUGGUAUCAUCGUUCGAUUGGGAGAACGAUCUACUCAAGUUUCUACAGUUGAAG